AUGGUGAGAGAACUUGAUAACACGAGCGAAGACAUGGUGAUAGACGGAGUAGAAGCAGGUCCAAACCAAAACAAUGAGAUACUUGAUGGAUUCAACUCUAAUUACCUGAAGAUCUACUAUGGUAAAUUUUUUCCUUAUGCCGAUAUGCAUAAAUGGAUGUCAUAUGGAAACGAUGGAAAGCAUCCGGGAUGUGAUCAGUCUUAUUUUGGGAGAAGAGAGUUCUCCUUUACUUUGGAGAAUGAUAUAUAUCUACGUUUUCAGUCUUUCAAUGAUGCUAAUGAACUCGAAAAGUCCAUCAAGGAGAAGUGCCCCGUCAAAAUUGAUAUUGGACCGGUUUACACUGUAGAUCCAGCAAAAAGGCAUGCUUAUGCACAGUCUGGUACUAACGUUUUCACCCCAGUAGAGAGAGAACUUAUAUUUGAUAUAGAUAUAUCUGAUUACGAUGAUGUAAGAUUUUGCUGCUCCGGAGCUGAUGUUUGCCCGAAAUGCUGGCCAUUGAUGACGGUAGCAAUUAAAGUUAUUGAUACUGCCCUUAGAGAUGACUUUGGGUUCAACCACAUUUUAUGGGUUUAUAGUGGUCGUCGUGGAGUCCAUUGUUGGGUUUGUGAUGGAAAAGCAAGACGGUUAAACAAUGAACAAAGGUCCGCCAUUACCGAGUAUUUGCAUGUUCACAAGGGAAAUGAAAAUAGCCAGAAAAAAGUUACUCUAUCCAGUCACUCACUUCAUCCUUUCCUUGGGAGAUCAUAUGCUGAUGUUUUGAAAGAUUUCUUCGAGCAAGAGUUCAUUUUCAGCCAAGAUUUGUUUUCAACUGAGGGAAGAUAUGAAAGGAUACUGGAAAUGAUUCCAGAUGAAACUAUUACUUCUGAGCUAAGGGGAAAGUGGCAGGACAAUAAACGGUCCCGCGAUGAUGUGAAUGUCGUCCGGUGGGGCCAUAUUAAGCAUCUGCUGCAAUCAGGAAAACAGAAGAUACAAAGUAUACGCAGGUGUGUUGAGGAGAUAGUGUUCUCCUUCACUUAUCCAAGACUUGAUCUGGAGGUUUCAAAACACAUGAACCACUUGCUGAAGGCACCCUUCUGCAUACACCCGAAAACAGGCCGUGUUUGUGUGCCUAUUGAUCCCAAUAAGUGUGAAGAAUUUGAUCCGUCUGCUGUACCAACUCUUGCAAGGCUCCUGGAAGAGCUCAACACGGGAGCAUUAGGAACUGGUAGCGAGGAAGAACUGGAAAAUUCAUCACUUGGCAAAUCAGUCAGAUAUUUUAGGUCGUCUUUCUUGCAGCCUCUGCUAAAGUCAUGCAAGGCGUUUUCUGCAGUUUUAGGUCUCGGUGCUUUGGCACGGUCUUCUUUCCGUUUGGGUGGGUACUCUCGGUGGUGGUGGCGGGGUCUCGCGGACUUUGCUUUUCUGUUACGGAAGAGGGCUCUAGUCUGUGUUUUUGUUUUUGUCAUUGUGUUGUUCGUGUGUUUUGUUGGUCCUCUACUAUGCUGCUUGGCGCUUAAGACGUCGGUGACAGGCCUCGAUUGGGUUUUGACUCCUAACUGGUUGCCAAUUAGGGUGAAGGUCGAUUGA